CUAUUUAACCCUUCUACUGUUGUACUAAUUAUUUAUCAUCGUUCUCUGAUAAAUUCUAUCACGGGAUGGAAGCUUCUUCAUUGUUUUUCUGGCUUCGAUCAUGUUACUGACCAUAUAUUCUUGCUAAUCUCUGAUUGAAAAUUGAUGCUUAAACAUAGUUUGGUUUUUCUGCUAAAAUAUUUAUCUGUUUGUAUAUGUUUGUGUGAGGUGCGUGGGGGAUUCUUUAUUUUAUAGUUUAGGCAGUAUAAUUAAUUGUUUUCUUGGAAAGUACUGAAUUUGGGUUCAGUUUAUAUUGUUUUGAAUUUGACAUUGAAUUAUGGGUUUUGGGUUUGGAAUACUUUUGCUGAAAAUUUGGUAUAAAUGUAAUUUAGGUGAAAUGAAAAACGUAUUCUGGUAUCUUUGAUCGUAAGGAACGUUCAAAUGGCUUUUGAUAUCUUUCAAGAAUCUUUUAAAUCAAUUAACAAUUCACGUAUCAAGGAAUUAUCCCAAAUACAUGGAAAGAGUUCUUACAAAGUUAUCUUUUUUGUGCAGAGUUUUAUUUGUGGAGAUAUUUAUAUCAUAGCAUAUAUAAAAUUCGAUUUUAUAUUAAAUUAAGUGACAAAAGGGAAUUCUAUCCAAAGGUAUUCUGCGCGGCCGUAACAAACAGCAAAAAAGUGCUUGCAGUUUUUGGCGGUUCAGAGAGUUAAUUUGUUUUGUUCGAUCGUAAAGAAAAAGUGAUAUACGUUUUCAUUAUUUGUUCCUGUUUGGUAAGUAUUUACCUUAUACGGUUUGCUGGAGUGAUAUGUAAUCACUCCAAUUAUUUGUUUGUUACCAAGUUUUCACGUUUUCAGGAAAAAAAACACAAUGCUAACCAGUACAUACUCUCAAGAUAUUUAGUAUAUGCUUCAAUUUUCUUACCAGGACGAAUUUUUGUCCGUAGUCUAUUUAGAUUUUAUUUAGGUCGAUCAGUUAUUGCUCUGAUUUCUUUAUUGUCCUUGAUUGUUUCCUAAAAAUAAAUUUCUUUACUUUCCAGAAUUGCAGAUUGUUUUCUUAAGUGGGCAUGUGUAUUGGAGUUAAUAAUAGGACCAUCCUCUUUUUAACAUCAUGAAGAGAUAUAUCGCCAAAAGUUGAUAUCACAGUUCUAAAUUAUUUGAAAACCAAAAGCAAGGCAGACUUUUCUUUUGUUUUCCCAGACAAAUCUACAUCAUGAUGCCUAACUGUCCUUUAUUUUAAACAUUCAGGUGUUUUAGUUACCUGAGUAUUAAUGGGAGUUUCAGUAAUAAGCAUUGCCCUUUUGGUGACAAGGCUUACUGCUUUUGAUCCUAAUUAAAUCUAAACUUGUUUUCUUAUUGUCUUAACAUCAGUUUGUAGCAUUGAUUGGGAGAGGAUGCUCCUGGUAUGUGUAUUUGUCAAUUUAAAAUUUUAUAAGAAAUGAAAUAAAAAGAGCAUAUAACUGAGACCUGGUCUGUAAAGAAUGUAUUUGAACUUCAUAAAGUCGAGUAGGAUAUAAUGAAAUAUAAGUGAACUCAUUUUUAACAGAUAGAAACAUUUGUUCAUGCUCGUCUAAUGACUACUAGGGGCCAAAUUGCUCAACAAUUGAGAUUCAUAUCGUGUGGAUGUGCACAUUUUAUCCAUAACUGGAUAGUUCAACUAGUUAGUGAAUAUGUCAUAUAUGCCUUUAGUAUUCUUCUUCUUGUUACAUUUUUAUCUUAUAAUUUCCGUGAACUUUAAGCACAGUUUCUCUGUUAUGUUUGCUGGAAGGAUGUCAGGAUCUUGAUAUGCUUUCUUGUUAUUAUGUUAUACUAGAAUUCAUGCUGUGGAAUCUGCCAUUUUAGCUGUGUAACCAGCAGUUGCAGCUGCCAAGUGUAUCAUGAGACUUAGCCCCUUUUUGGUUUUGAUUGAGCAAAUUUUGAUAAAAGUUGAUGAAUUGCUUGUUGUUGAAAGUUGAUAAAGUGGUGAGUCUUAUAAAAUGUGUGGUUAAAAUUAAAUUUUGACAUUUUUAUCAACUUUUUUAGCUAAACUGAACAAGGGUUUAGGGACUUUCAGAUAUUUCACAAUAAUUUAAUAAAUACUUAUAUUAUACGUCCGUAGUUGUUAGACAUGUCCUCACCUACCAAGACUCAUUCAAGAACACUAGACAUAUGGCAGAGUAGUAGUGCAAAGUUCUAAGAUGCGUCCUUCUCAGCAUUUGGCUGAAUAAUUACCAGUUAGUUACUUUGAAUUUACUUGUGUACCAUCUCACCACGUGAUGGUCUUUUCAUUACAAGAUGCCUCUUUUCUGCAAGGAAAUCACAUCAUAUAUGGUGAAAAAUCUUAUUGCUCUUGCGAUAACUUGUUCUUUUGCUAGUCUCAUUUCCAUAUGGACUUUUGCAGUGGAAUAAUAACUUCAUUGUGGAACUUAGACAGAGUAGAGCUACGUGACAUUAAAGAACUUUCUUGCUAUGGAUUUUAAAGGUAUAGCAUGGGCUGGAAAUAUAUACCAGAAGUUUGAAGCUAUGUGUUUGGAUGUGGAAGAGGUUAUGGUCCAGGAUACUAUUAAAUAUGUGGAGAAUCAGGUGCAAAAAGCCGGCAUCAGUGUUAAGAAGUUCUAUUCAGAAGUCAUGCAAGAUUUGAUCCCUUCAUCAUGUGUGGAAGUAGCUGCCGAUGAAAUGUCUGUGUACCCUUAUUCUCAUACUGAUAUGAAUAAAAACCUAAAACCAAGCUUAUCAGAACACUGGGGAGAGUUUAAGAAUAAAGCAACUGAGAAUAAAGUGAUUGAUGACAUAGACAAGUGGAAAAAGUCUCGAAUAAGUGGGCUUGAAGAUGUAAACCUUCUCUCUCCACUUUCUUCUGGAUUUCUGGUCCGAAAUGCAUGCUCUGAGGUCUAUUCAGCAAAAGGCAAGAAAUUGGGAGUCUGUAAACGUCGUCCUGUUGGCAUCCAAAGAACUUCUGAGAAAAAUAAUCCGCAAAAGAUAUCUGAACCAAUGACUCCUGUAUCUGCCAUUAAGAAUACAUACGUGAGAUCAAGUACAGAUUUAGUCUCACUUGAAAAAUGUGAUUCAGUAGAAAAAGUGAAUACAAAUACACGGAUCCUUGAGCCUCCAGUUGAUUCCCCUGCUUCUAACACAAACUUACCAGCUGAUCCUCUCAGGCAAAAUGAAGAAGAAUCUCAGUGUAUUUCAUCUUGUCAUGAUUUGCCCUCAGAAUCUAUUGGUACAUACAUGAAUGGUGGUAAAGUUCCUCAGUUAGGUUCAAAUAUUCCCGGUAAUAACUUUGAAUCUGGUGGCGAGGAGGUUAUCACGUCUGAUGAAGAUAACAUUGAUAUGGAGGUCAUUGAGAAUGUGGAACUCGUUGAACCAGGAGUGGAUAGCAUUAAGCAGGUUACAACGUCAAAGUUGGAAGAGACGUGCGUUUUGGUGGAAGGAAAUGAGCUUCAUAUUGUUCAACAAGGCACCGGCAAACACAAGUCAUACAAGAAAAAAAUCCGUGAAGCUUUUUCGUCAAAACUGAGAUCAAGAAAGAGACAUGAGUAUGACCAGUGCAUUCCCCAGGCCGGACUUUUAGGUGGAACUGGAAGUACAGAAAUCGUGAUUCCUGAUCUUACUCUGGAUUUUGAGAAAAUGAAAUUACCGGCACAAGAUUUUUCCGAAUCCGAUUGGGAAUUUCUCUAGCUAUUCUGCUACAAGUGAUGCUGCCCCUGUGAGACAAUGACUGGUAAAUGAAGAUGCCAUCUUGAUUUGUAAAUAAUGGCAGCCUAAAUGUACUCUGUCAAUAUGGGAAAUUGCGAAUUGAUGUUUGAAAUUCAAUAUUCUAUAAUGCACAUAAAAUCCAAGUGUUAAAGUGGUUUAUGGCCUGUUUAGUAUUUGUAGUUUACAUAUAUGUCACUCUCCUGGAUAAGUUAUAAUUGAAAAUUCAGGUUAUUUGACUUUUUCUCUUCA